UUGCAAAGUGUAGUGAAAGGUUUACAGAUUGUAUUGUUUUGUUUGUGAUAUCCGAUAAUUUUGCGAUCCAUUGUCAUUCAAAAAAUUAAUUUUUAAUAUCAAUGAACCGAUUUUAACCAACUUUAUGAGUGAAUAAAGUAAUGUAACAGUGUAUUUUACAAAUUAAUGGACGGAUUGAUGCGAAACAAGCGUACAAGUUUUAUUACAAAUGGGAGUGAAAUAAACAAAUAAGCCGGUGCAUAAGAUUAGCGCCCGAAUAUCUGAUUCAUUAUUUGACUAUAUAGUAACAGUUGCGUUGACUAACAUGACAGACACUAGACGAAGAGUCAAACUUUACGCUCUGAACGCAGACCGACAGUGGGACGACAGAGGAACGGGCCAUGUGUCGUCAUGUUACGUGGAAAGGUUGAAGGGUACUUCAUUGCUGGUGAGGGCAGAAUCCGACGGCACACUCUUGCUAGAAAGCAAGAUACAACCUGACACAGCCUAUCAAAAACAGCAAGACACUCUGAUAGUAUGGUCAGAGGGUGAUAAUUUUGACUUAGCAUUAAGUUUUCAAGAGAAAGCUGGCUGCGAUGAAAUAUGGGAGAAAAUAUGUCAGGUUCAAGGCAAAGAUCCAUCGGUUGAAAUUACACAAGACAUAGUUGAAGAAUCGGAAGAUGAGCGUUUUGAUGAGAUGUCAGAUAGUGUGCAGCCUGUAGAGCUUCCAGCAUGUGAAAUGGGACGAUUAGAGGACAUAAGUGAACUAGUGAACAGCUGUCUUGUCUCACCAAACAGAAAAGAUAAACUGGCAGCAGCGUUAGAAUCACAGCACUACAUAAAAAAACUCCUUAACCUCUUCCAUAUGUGUGAGGACAUUGAAAAUGUUGAGGGCUUACACCAUCUCUAUGAGAUAUUCAAAAGUAUAUUCCUCUUGAACAAGAACACACUUUUUGACACUAUGUUUGCUGACGAUACAAUUUUUGAUGUGGUCGGUUGUUUAGAGUACGACCCCAGUUUGCCGCAGCCCAAAAAGCACAGAGAGUACCUCAGAGAGCUAGCGAAAUUUAGAGAGGCCAUUCCUAUUAAAAAUAAAGAUUUGCUAGCGAAGAUACAUCAAACAUACAGAGUUCAAUAUAUACAAGAGAUUGUUUUACCGACACCUACAGUUUUUGAGGACAAUUUGCUAAGCACGUUGUCAAGUUUUAUAUUUUUUAACAAAGUAGAAAUAGUGAAACUUAUAGAGGAGGAUGAGAAAUUUUUGACGGAUCUAUUCAAAAUGUUAAUGGACGAAAAAACUGAGGACAGCAAGAGGCGAGAUUUAGUACUAUUUUUAAAGGAGUUUUGUAAUUUUUCACAAAAUCUUCAACCUCAAGAUAAAGAUGCUUUUUAUAAGACGCUAGUUUCACUGAGGAUCCUGCCAGCCCUAGAGAUUACAUUAAGUAUAGAUGAUCAGAAAACCAAGACUGCAUCUAUAGACAUUUUGACGUAUAUUGUUGAGUUUUCACCGUCAGUAGUCAGAGACUAUACAUUACAACAGGCUAACAAUACAGAAGAGGAACAAAUGUUAUUAAAUAUAGUGAUAGAACAGAUGCUUAGAGACCAUGACCCCGAGUUGGGUGGUGCGGUGCAGUUGAUGGGAGUCCUACGUAUCCUCCUGGAUCCAGAGAGUAUGCUAGCAUCGGUCAAUAAAAGUGAACGGGCAGACUUCCUUAAUUUCUUCUACAAACAUAGUAUACAGACGCUAAUAGCACCAUUACUUGAAAACACGAGUGGUGAAAAGCCACUAAAAGAGGACUAUCACACCGUACAGCUAUUGGGCCUGGUGCUCGAACUACUGUCCUUCUGUGUGGAACACCACACAUACCAUAUCAAAACCUGCAUAUUAAAUAAGGACCUCCUCCGUCGCAUACUAGUGCUUAUGAGAUCGACCCACACAUUCUUAGUUCUCGGCGCGCUGAGGUUUAUGAGGAAAAUCAUCGCGCUAAAAGAUGAGUACUACAACAGAUACAUCAUCAAGGGGAAUCUAUUCGCACCAGUCAUAGAUGCUUUCCUUAGAAAUAAUGGCAGGUAUAAUUUAUUAGAUUCCGCCAUACUAGAGUUAUUUGAGUUUAUAAAGUUGGAAGAUAUCAAAUCGCUGUGUUCGCACGUUGUGGAGAACUACGGCAAGAUCCUAGAGGAUGUGGAAUAUGUACAAACAUUCAAGGCACUGAAGACGCGGUACGACCAGCAUCAGGACAAGUUAAAAGAAAGGGAUAGAGUGAGUGGUAGCGUGGGGGUAGCGGAAGCGGUGGUGCCAUCGCUCUUACGUACGAGAUACCGUCGGGAGGCGCGGCAGCCUGACGAGGAGGAAGAGAUGUGGUUCAAUGAUGACGACGAGCUGGAAGACGACGCGCCGCUGGACGCCGCGCAGCCGCACGCGCACACGCACGCGCAUCACGCGCUAGACGCUAUCGGCAAAAUUGUGGAAAAGAAAGUGUGUUCUGGCGCUGAGAGCGUGAGCGUGAACGGGCCGGGCCGCGUGCUGCUGAGCGCAGGCAAGGCGCCGCACACCGACGCUCAGGUAUCUGCGCCCAGAUUACUCACUCAGGGCCUGGUAGACUACGACGGCGACUCAGACGAGGAGGAAGAGGGCGGCGCGUCGAGCGGCUCGUCGAGCAGCUCGAGCUCGUCCGAGGAGCGCGACGCGAAGCGGCCGCGGCUCGCGUAGUGACACCAUUCCACCCCUGAACGUUUCAAGGAAUAUAACCAGUCUCGCCCCACUGUGCAGUGCCGUGAGAGUAACUGACAUCAUUUAUGUACCUAUAUGUAAUAUUAAUCUACCUUUUUUUGGUAAUAAUGUCUAGGAGCAGAUUUUGUAGCGUUACGCAAGUCGUUUAUAUUCAUAAGCUAGAACCGUAAUAUAUAGGUGCCGAGCGGCGCGGCCCUUCCUAAAUGCACUGUAUUGAGAAUGCAACGAUGGUAAUCACUUAACAUCAGGUGAAAAGACCGAGCAAAUAAAUGAACUCGCUCUGCUCGUUUGUUAUCUCGCUAUUUUUAU